CCCCUCUCACUCCUCCAUCCCCCCUCUCACUCCUCCGCCCCCCGCGCCCCCCGCGCCUGUCCCGCUGCCGGCGGGGCCGCUCCUGCGCGGGGAUGGCGGAGCGGCCGCGCUUCCUCUGCGGCGUGGUGGAAGGUUUCUAUGGGAGACCAUGGUCGAUGGAUCAGAGGAAACUCCUCUUCCAGUGGCUGCAGCACCGGGGGCUGAACUGCUACAUGUAUGCACCCAAGGAUGAGCUGAAGCACCGGCUGCUCUGGAGAGAGCCCUACACAGAGCAUGAGGCAGCCCGCAUGCGUUCUCUCAUCGAGGCAGCCCAAGAGCAGGGGGUGGAGUUCAUUUUCGCCGUUUCUGCUGGCCAGGACAUGGUGUUUUCCAGCGCUGGGGAUCGCCUCCUGCUGCAGCAAAAACUCAGGCAGGUGGCUGCCAUGGGGUGCCGCUCCUUCGCGCUGCUCUUCGACGACAUCGACCCCUGCAUGUGCCAAGCUGACAGAGAUGUCUUCCCCUCCCUGGCACAGGCUCAGGCCUCUGUGGCCAACGAGGUGUACCAGGAGCUGGGCCAACCCUCCACCUUCCUCUUCUGCCCUACAGAGUAUUGCAGCUCGCUGUGCUCUCCCAGCCCCAGCCAGUCCUGCUACCUGCAGACCAUCGGGCAGGAGCUGCUCCCAGGGAUCGCUGUCAUCUGGACAGGUGAGCCAGGAGCAGCUCUGGGUCACACACACGUGCAGUGUCUGUGGCCACGGGCUGUCCUGGGAGAGCCACCAGCAAGUGACGCCGCUGUGGUGCCUCUCACUGGGGUGUGCAGCCCCAGCCAGGCAGGGGUGGGAGCUGGGGCUCUGCUCUCCUGCCUGGGACACUGCAACCUCAUCUCCGUGUCCUUGUCCCUGCUGCGUGUCUGUGAUGGACCCUGUGCCCCACGUGUGUCCCUGCCUGAUGGCCCAGGCCCCAAGGUGGUGUCCCAGGAGCUCUCAGCAGAGCUGCUGCAGGAGGUGGAGGCUGUGCUGAGGCGCUGCCCCGUCAUCUGGGACAACCUCUACGCCAACGACUACGACUGCAGACGUGUCUUCCUGGGCCCCUACAUGGGCCGAGCUCCUGGCCUCAUGUCCAGGCUCCAGGGGCUGCUCCUCAACCCCAACUGCGAGCUCCAGGCCAACUUCAUCCCCAUCCACACGCUGGGCACCUGGUUCCAGAGCGAGCUGGGCAGCUGUGCCCAGCCUGACCGUGCAGGAAUGGGGGACAGCCAAGGUGCUCAGGAUGGAAGCUACAGCCCCCAGGAAGCCUUGGAGCUGGCUCUGCGUGACUGGGUGGCUGAGAUAAACCAGCAGGCCUUGCAGGCAGGAGGAAGGAGCCCAGGACACCCCAGUGCCAGCCUCAAGGGAGGACCAAAGCUGCAGCCUGGCAGGGCAGGAGGACAGGAGGUCACUCCCCACCCUCAGCCCCACAGCUCUGCUCCUGGUGGGGCAGAUCAGCACAGCCCUGAGCCCUGUGGGGUGGCACCAGAGCAGGGGUGCAGGGAGGUGACCUCAGAGCCUGAGGAGGACAGUGGGAACAGGACAGCCACGGGCCAGCAGCAGAGCCCUACAAGGGCUGGGGACCAGCUCGCCACAGGGAGCCGUGAGCCCCCCUCUGCUGUGCCCAGCGUGGCUGGCAGUGCCCAGUCUGCAGGAGUCCCAGUGGCCACCACGACCCUCCCCAGCCCAAGCCCCACCACGAGCUGCAGCAGUCAGAACAUUUCCUUGCCCACCAGGGAUGCCAGGGCAGGGGAUGGCAGCCCUGUCGCACCUCCCAGCAGCACCCAGCCUGAGGCCAUCAGGACUGACGUGCCCCAGACACCCCCAGGACCUGGGGCUGGUGCCAGCCCUGGUGCCAUGGCACCAGUGACCCCAGAGGAGGCUGGGCCUGGUCCCAUGGCACCGCUGCCCCCCAAGGAGGCCAUAACCAGCUCCCCAGCACAGGUGACCCCAGAGGAGGCCACAACCAGCUCCCCAGCACAGGUGACCCCAGAGGAGCCCAGGACCAGCCCCAUGGCACCAGUGACCCCAGAGGAGGCUGGGCCUGGCCCCAGGACCCCCAAAGAUGGCAGGACCAGUCCCACAGCAAAGAUGACCCCAGAAGAGCCCAGAACCAGCCCCAUGGCACCUGUGACCCCAGAGCAGGCUGGGGCUGGCCCCAUGACCCCAGAGGAGCCCAGGACCAGCCCCACAUCCCAGGUGACCCCAGAGGAGCCCAGGACCAGCCCCACAGCCCAGGUGACCCCAGAGGAGCCCAGGACCAGCCCCACAGCCCAGGUGACCCCAGAGGAGCCCAGGACCAGCCUCACGGCACCGACGACCCCAGAAGAGGCUGAGUCCAACCCCAUGGCACUGAUGACCCCCAAGGAGGCCAGACCCAUCCCCACAGCACCCCUGACCCCAGAGGAGGCCGUGUCCAGCCCUGCAGCUCCACUGAGCCUGGAGGAGGUGCGGAUGCUGGUGGAGCUCUUCUACCUGCCCUACCACCACGGGGCCUUGGCCCAGGAGCUCCUGGAGCACUUUCGGUGGCUGCGAGCAAACAGCCUCAGCGUGGGGGUCCCGGCCACGGCGCCUGAUGCCUGCGGGGGCAGGCGGUGGCGGGGCCGGGCUCAGUCCUUCCAGCUGCUCUGCGCUCGGAUGUGCCGCCUGCACAGCCGCCUGGUCAGCACGGCCAGCAGGGAGCUGCUCUACGACCUGCACCCCUACCUCUGGGACAUCCGCAACAUGCUGCUGGCCGCCAGUGCCUUCGUCCUGUGGCUGGAUGGUCACCUCCUGUGCGACCCGGACCCCAAGGGCACCUGGGGGAGCUGCUUUGGCUGGUGCCAGAGCAUCACUGCCCCCGUGCUGCUGGGCAGGGACGCCGAGCCCUGGGCGCGCCGUGGGGGCCUCUUUGGGGAGCUGCAGGCACUGCUGCCCGUGGGGAACAGCUGUGACCUCUUCUACCAUCCACCCCCGCUCUUCCCGUCCAGCCAGCUGUACCAGCUGCGCCCGCUGCUGCCCCUGGACAAGGGAGAGCUUUACCGCAUGUGCCGGGAGAGCUUGGACUGUGAUCCCAAAGUGGCAGAGAUCCUCGUGGCCCACCCGGAUCUCCUCGGUGACAGGCUCCUGGGCAGCUUCCUCAGCCUGAGCCCCGAGUACACCUUUGUGCUGGAGGAUGAGGAUGGCCCCUGUGGCUACGCAGCCGGAGCGCUCCACGCCGAAGGCUUCCUGCAGCAGCGAGACAGCAGCUGGCUGCCAGCCAUACGGCACAAGUACCCCCCAGAGCUGGGCACAGCGGGGCCAGCUCUGGGACAGGAUGCCCUGGAGGAAGCAGUGCUCUUCUUCCACUCAGAGCCGCUGGCAGUGCCCCAGCCCGUGCUGAGGCGCUUCCCCUCCCUGGUGCAGCUGGGCACAGCCCCCCGUGUGCUGGAUGUGGGGGCCAGCCGCAGCCUGGCCCUCUGCCUGCUGAGCGCACUCAGAGCCAACGGCUCACGGGGAGUGUUCUGCCAGGUCAGCGACGCCGACCGGCAGCAGCUGAGCUUCUACAGCAAGCUGGGCUUUGUCGCCCUGCCCGUGGCCUGGGGCAGCUCUCCCGGCUCUCAGCUCCUGGGACGACUCCUCUGAUGGGGCACGGGGAGGCUGUGCCCCAGGUUCCCAGGCCAGGCUGAACCCCCCAUCCCACACAGCAAACGGGAGCAGAGGGGCACCUCCAGCAGGCCAGGUACACGUGAGAGGGGACAGGGGGUGAGCAGGAUGUCACUGGGAUGUGUGCAGGGCUGCCAGGUGCCUGGGUAGCACAGAGAUAUUUCUGCUCCUGACGGGAUUUGGCCACCUCUGUGCCAGCCCAGCUGCUGCUGUUUGCGGGGUACCCUGCACUUUGCUGGGGAGCCGGGCCAGCAGAGCCUCAGGCCUGCAGCAGCUCGUGAGCAGGGUUUGGGUUUGUGACCCUGGGGCACAGCACGGUGCCUUAGUGCCACGGGAGUAUCCCCACCACGCAGCCCAGCUCCCUCCAUCCCCUAUGUGGCCUGAACUGGGCACUCAGUGCCGGGGCUGGCUCUCGGCACUGAGGACCUGCUUGUCUGUAUGGAUUGAUAUGGGAUGGGGUGAGGCAGCCUCUGUUUUUGUGCCUGGGGCCUGAGGGAAGCGCUGUCCUUGGCAAUAAAGCAUU